CCAAGCUUUCCUGAAGCACCUGCGCUCGCCACCAGCAGCGUCAUUAUUCCCGCGAGACGACGGGUCCGCGGAAGGCACAAAAUUCCCCCUUUUCUAGAGCCCAGGUUUUUGCCGUCAAGUUAAAUUCCGGGGUGCGGAAGUAGCUUUGUCGUGCCGCCUCUAAUCGCUCAGAAAUCAACCCCAGUUCUACAGGGAAAGCUAGGCCUCCGACCGCUAUGGAAGGGCAGCAAGGGCAAGAAAAGCUCGCGACCCUAGCGCUUGCCCAAGCUCAUUUCCAGAAGGGCGAGUACGCGGAGGCCGAAGCGCUGUACUCCGCUUACGUUCGCCAGUACGCCUGUGCGGCCUCCGAGGGAGAGGCGUCCGGGAGCAAAUGCAGCCCUGAGGAUUUGGCUACUGCAUAUAACAACAGGGGGCAAAUCAAGUACUUCAGGGUGGAUUUUUAUGAAGCCAUGGAUGACUACACAUCUGCCAUAGAAGUCCAACCCAAUUUUGAAGUUCCAUAUUACAACAGAGGGUUGAUACUAUAUAGGCUGGGAUACUUUGACGAUGCUUUGGAAGAUUUCAAGAAAGUAUUAGACUUAAAUCCUGGAUUUCAAGAUGCUGUUUUGAGCUUAAAACAGACUAUUCUAGACAAAAAAGAAAAGCAAAAAAGAAAUUAUUGAAAAUUUUAACUUAGUUGAAAUACUAACUCAUGAUCCACCUGGCAUCUCAUUGUCUUUAAUUUAAAGCUGGUGUUAAGCUAUUUUGAUUUAUAUUUAAGAUAAAGAGAUUCAUGCAUCAGCACUGAAAGUUAAAUGAUGUACUUAAGGUAGUUAAUUUCAGAUUGAGUAACUAUGUUGAGUGGGUAUGCUUUUAUGAAGUGUAAAUAAGUAAAAAGAAUGUAUCAUUGUAUAUUAUUACAGUAAAAUAUUUAAAGAAA